AUGCCCUCACUAGUGCAGACGGACAAGCUCAUCCCACGUCAGGUUGCGGCAUUCUCUCCAGCAGAAAAUGCGUCCAUGGCUAUGGUCGAACUUGAGGACAGGCAGUCAACAUGGUCAUCGAGGUGGUGGUUUGGGAACAUUAGACGCCAGGGCAAGGUCGCGUACAACACCAACCCUGAUUACCAGCUGUUCCGCAAUGUGAGGGAUUUUGGUGCUAUGGGCGACGGCAUUACUGACGACACCGAUGCGCUCAACCUUGCGGUUUUAUACGGGAAUCGAUGCGGCAACACCUGCGAAUCGAGCACUGUACAGCCUGGACUGAUCUACUUCCCGCCCGGAACGUACAGAGUCAGGGAGCCGAUUAUCAUGUACUACAACACUCAUGUGGUGGGCGACGCUGUUGACCUUCCUGUCGUAAAAGCUCUGCCAAACUUCUAUGGCAUUGGCGUCUUCGACUCCGACCCAUACUACCCGAAUAUCGAGCCCGGCAAGAACUGGUGGCAGAAUCAGAACAACUUCUUCCGGCAGCUACGAAACUUUGUGAUUGAUAUCACAGAAGUACCUCCAGGGCGAGGAGCUUGCGUGCAUUGGCAGGUCGCCCAAGCAACGUCGCUGCAAAAUAUCAGGUGCGAGAUGGUCCAAGGGGGCGGUAGUAACAACAAACAGUACGGCAUCUUCAUGGACAACGGAUCCGGAGGCUGGAUGAGUGACAUGACGUUCAACGGGGGCAACUAUGGCGCCCUUUUCGGAAAUCAGCAGUUUACAGUCCGGAACUUUACCUUCAACAAUUGUCAGACCGGCAUCUUCAUGAACUGGGGCUGGACGUGGUCUAUGAUAGGUUUUACGUUCAACAACGUCGGAGUCGGCAUCGAGGUGACCAAUCUUGGCGACAUGGGCUCCCUCUUGGUUCAGGACGCCACGUUCAACAAUGUUCCUACCGGUGUACUGACAAGUUUUGACGCUAAAUCAUCUCCCCAUUCUGGAGGAACAGUCGUUCUUGACAAUGCCGACUGCAGGGGCUGUCAGGUUGCCGUCAGCGGCCCUGAGCCUGAUUUCAACGUAAUCUAUCCUGGUGGGACCAUCAUCCAGUCAUGGAUUCAAGGGCGAGUGUAUCAUGGCUACGAAGCCUCUGAAUCAAUCAACAACAUGACAUGCUACGAACCAGCUACGCAGGCAGCACGCAUUCAACAGGCUGUUAACCCCCCUCCGAAGCCUAGUGUGCUGCUGGACAACAGCGGAAAAAUCUUCACGCGCAAGAAGCCGCAGUACGAAGAUGUACCUCUGUCACAGUUCAUCUCGAUGAAAGACCGCGGCGCUAAAGGCGACGGAGUAACGGACGAUUCAGACAUCAUACAGUCGGUGAUUAACACAGCAAGGGAGGAUCAGAUAAUCUACUUUGAUCACGGCGCCUACGUUGUGACCAAGCAGAUAUUCAUCCCGCCGAACCGCAAAUUCGUCGGAGAGUGCUUCGCCCUCAUCAUGAUCAAGGGCAAUCCAAACUUUAUGGAUAUGGCCAACCCCAAGCCGGUUUUCAUAGUGGGCAGACCCGGCGAUGUCGGUACUCUGGAGAUGAGCGAUAUCAUGUUUGAGACGAUGGGGCCUUCGCCGGGUGCCAUCUUGAUGGAGUGGAACCUCGAAGCAUCUGCGCAGGGUACUGCGGGCUUGUGGGACACCCACUGGCGCAUUGGCGGCACGGCAGGGACACAGUUUCAGGAAGACAGAUGUCUUAAGACUCCGUCGGUAAAGACCAGCGUGAACCCUGAGUGCAUCUGCGCUUUCAUGAUUUUACACGUCACCGCCUCUGCCUCGAUGUACAUGGAAAACAUCUGGGGCUGGGUGUCCGAUCAUGAGCUCGACAUGGGUCUGCGCCAGCAGAUCAACAUCUACAACGGGCGCGGCGUAUUGGUCGAGACUACUAAGGGUAUCUGGCUGCUGGGUACCAGCUUCGAGCACUCUGUGCUGUAUAAUUACCAGGUCGCAAACGCCCAGAACGUUUACAUGUCGCUUAUCCAGUCGGAAACCGCCUACAUGCAAGCCAACCCCAACUCCCUCACCCCCUUCCCCGCCGACCCGCGCUACGACGACCCGACUUUCUCCAACUGUUUCCUGGCCACCUGCCCGAAAACCAUCGCGCUGCGCAUCGUCAACUCACAGUAUAUUCUCAUCUACGGCGCGGGCCUGUACUCGUUCUUCGAGAACUACAAGAGCGAUUGCCUCCAGAUGCGCGACUGCCAGGAGCACAUUCUCGCCAUCGACAACAGUCAGAGCGUGUACAUUUACACGCUCGCGACUGUGGGCACGACGAAUAUGGUCACAGUGGAUGGCGUGGGCGUGGUCAAUGAGCAACCCAAUAAGGCCGGCUUUCCGCAGGCGAUUGCGAUUUUUGAAUAUCAGUAG